UCUUAUAAACUCAUGCUUUCACAAGAGUUUUUAGAGUAGAAAAUUUUUAGGAGAGAGAAACAAAAUUUGGGGGAAAAAUUAUGGCGAUUUCUAGGGUUUCCAUUUUUGUGAUUUCUCUUUUAGCUUUAUUUGCUUCCAUUUCUGCUUCUGAAAGUAGUGAAGUAUCUGAUUCAAAGGAGUUUGUUCUUACUCUUGAUCAUUCGAAUUUCUCUGAAACUAUCGCCAAACAUGAUUUUAUCCUCGUCGAAUUCUACGCUCCAUGGUGUGGGCAUUGUAAGAGUCUAGCUCCCGAGUAUGAGAAGGCUGCAUCCCUAUUGAGCAGUCAUGACCCUCCGAUCGCUCUGGCGAAGGUGGAUGCCAAUGAGGACUCGAACAAGGAACUUGCUUCUGAAUAUGACGUCAAAGGUUUCCCAACACUGAAAAUUUUCAGGAAUGGUGGGAAACAUAUUCAAGAGUACAAGGGUCCAAGAGAAGCGGAGGGUAUUGUUGAGUAUUUGAAGAAACAAAGUGGGCCAGCAUCAGUUGAGAUUAAAUCCGCUGAUGAUGCUACCACUUUUGUUGGGGAUGACAAAGUUGUUAUUGUUGGGAUAUUCCCAGAAUUCUCUGGAGAAGAGUACAAAAACUUCUUGGCUGUGGCUGAGAAGUUGCGCUCCGACUAUGAGUUUGGUCAUACUACUGAUGCAAAGCUCCUUCCAAGGGGUGAAUCAUCAGUUACGAAGCCCACUAUUAGGCUGUUCAAGCCAUUUGAUGAGCUCGUGGUUGACUUCCAGGAUUUCCAAGUAGAUGCUGUGGAGAAGUUCAUUGAAGAAUCCAGUGUCCCUACUCUAACUCUUUUCAGCAAGGACCCAGCACACCAUCCAUAUGUUAUUAAGUUUUUUAACUCUCCAAAUGCCAAGGCCUUGUUGUUCAUGAACUUCAGCAUUGACUUUGAUUCAUAUAAGUCAAAAUAUGAGCAAGUUGCUGCAGAAUACAAAUCCAAGGGUAUUAGCUUUCUAUUGGGAGAUCUUGACGCCAGUCAGGGUGCACUCCAGUAUUUUGGACUUAAAGAAGACCAGGUGCCACUCAUUAUUGUCCAGACAAACGACGGGAAGAAAUAUGUUAAAGAUAAAGUGGAGCCUAAACAAAUUGCAUCAUGGAUCCAGGAGUACACUGAAGGCAAGUUGUCUCCACACAGGAAAUCUGAAGCCAUCCCUGAAAGCAAUGAUGAGCCUGUGAAGGUGGUUGUUGCUGACACCUUGGAGGACAUAGUUUUCAAAUCUGGGAAAAACGUCUUUUUGGAAUUUUAUGCACCCUGGUGUGGACACUGCCAAAAGUUGGCUCCCAUCUUGGAUGAAGUUGCUAUUUCCUUCGGAAAUGAUGCAGAUGUCAUCAUCGCCAAGCUUGAUGCAACUGCAAAUGAUCUCCCAGAUGAUACAUUUGAGGUUAAAGGUUACCCAACUCUGUACUUUAGAUCAGCUAGUGGGAAAAUUGAAUCGUAUGAAGGAGACAGGACCAAGGAAGACAUUAUUGAAUUUAUUCAGAAGAACAAGGAUUCAGCUACUUCAGCUACUUCAGCUACUCCAGCUACUCCAGCUACUGAGGAAUCUUCUGCCAAGGAUGAGUUGUGAUCUAGGAACAAGGGUUUAAGAUGGCGGAACGAAUUUACGGACUGGAACUAGUUUAUACCACAGAGUUUUCAUCGGCUGUUCGUUAGAUUCACAGCAGAAGUUAGCAUGCCUGUCUUCUUGAUUUCCUUCAUCUUUCUCUUUACCUCGCCCCUCUCUCUCUCUCUCUAAAUAAAUGCGAGGCCUGUAGAUCUGGCGAUUUUGGUGGUAGUUUAUUUAGUCAGAGUUGUAUCAUCGUUACGAUCUCCAUGGCCAUGCAAUUUUUCUCUUUGGACUUCAACAAUGUCUAUGAUAAACUAACUUAUGUUA